UCACCUUCAAACACAAAUAAACCCUACUCUUUCUCUCCUCUCCUCUCCUCUCCUUCUCUCUCUCUCUCUCUCACUAACUUCUUCUCUUCCAUAACUUCUCGUGGUUGUGACUCAACAGAUACCAAUGGAAGCACCAGAAUUCAUCUACAGCGGUUACUGUCGUGCAGGGAAUUCCCAAUUCACAACAGAAAUACGUCAUAACGACCCUAAAUCUGGUGAUCACUUCACCAUUGAUGACCUUCUCGACUUCUCAAACGAAGAUGCUAUCCUCAACGACGGAACUUUCGAUUCCGUCGCCGGAAAUUCAACCGAUUCUUCAACUGUCACCGCCGUCGACAGUUGCAACUCUUCUUUCUCAGGUGGUGACCUACAUUUCUCCGGUAACCUUGGUUGUCGCAACUUUACCGACGCUCAGUUCUCCGGUGACCUCUGCGUUCCGUACGACGACUUAGCUGAGCUGGAAUGGCUAUCAAAUUUCGUGGAAGAGUCAUUCUCCAGCGAGGAUUUGCAGAAACUGCAACUGAUAUCAGGGAUGAAAGCACGAACCAACGAGGAAUCCGAAACACACGAAUUCCACCAACCAGAAACCAACAUGAACAACAACAACAACAACAACAAUGAGAACCCGAUAUUUCGGCCAGAGCUGUCCGUUCCGGGAAAAGCGAGAAGCAAGCGGUCACGCGGUGCUCCAAUUAACUGGUCAUCACGGUUGCUCGUCUUAACCCCAACAACUUCGUCUUCAGAAUCGGACAUUGCAUCGAGUUCGGGCAAGAAAACAACGAAGAAGAAAGAGAGCUUAGAAAAUGCAGGGGAGGGGAGGAAAUGCCUGCAUUGCGCAACGGACAAGACACCUCAGUGGCGGACAGGGCCUAUGGGUCCGAAGACACUGUGUAACGCUUGUGGAGUUCGGUACAAAUCAGGGCGGCUAGUGCCAGAGUACCGACCUGCUGCUAGCCCAACUUUUGUACUCACCAAGCACUCAAACUCACACCGAAAGGUGAUUGAGCUUCGACGUCAGAAAGAGAUGCAGCAACAGCAACAGUUCCUGCAUCCAAAUACGGUCUUUGACAUGUCGAGCAGUGAUGAGUAUUUGAUCCAUCAUCAUACAGGACCCGAUUUCAGGCAGCUAAUCUGA